AUGUCUACCACCGCCGUCGAAACCAUAAUGUCGGAGGUCCAACUCACGAUCGAGACGUCGGUCGAUGUCGAUCGCUCUCCAACCGAGGAGGAGAGCUUCUCUUCUGACGAAAGCGACGCCAGCUCCGACGAGGGCGAGGGCAGCUACGAGUCCGACAACGAGCUCGAGAAGGCCAAGGCGCCGAUGCGCAAGUUGUUCUCUGAGGACCUAUGUCUGCAAAAAGUGCUUGAAUUGAGUUCUUUACUACUGCUAUAUACUAUACAACUGCCAAAUGUUUUGCUGUCAAUGGUUAUAGAGCGAGAAGCGAAGAAUUUUUAUAUAUACUGGUGA